AUGUCAGCGAUAUUCCUCCCAGCUGGAUAUCCAAACACUGUCACUCCUGAUUAUCUGCGCUAUCAAAUGUACAAUGACGUGCAAGAAUUCUGCAGUUCUUUGUCGGGGUUACUAGCUUCCAGAGGCGCGCUCGAAGGUUUUGGAGUGGGUGACGCAUCAGCAUCAGCAACCCAAGCGCUCCUUCUGACAGUACUGAAAGAUGUCUGUUCGCGGUUCACAACCAUAAUAGGCGCCUAUUACUUCGGUACCUCCUUAUACCCCGAAACCAAAACAUUCCGCUUUCUCGCAGAUGUCAUCAACGACACCUCCAUUGUCCUAGAUACCAUAUCCCCAUAUUUCACCAGCAUAUCCCUCUCUACAACAUCUCCAUAUCUCCCAUCGGGCUCGACUCUCCAAAUCGUAGCACUGUGUAUGAGCGGAGCCAUGAGAUCUCUCUGUGGACUGGUUGCAGGCGGAUCAAAAGCAGCACUUACAGACCACUUCGCUUCACCUGUGAACAGUAAAGGCGACGUGGGCGAAUUGAAUGCUAAAAGUGCGAGCAGAUCAACCGUGGUUGCAUUGACAGGUGUCUUGCUCGGAACGCUCAUCAUUCCUUAUAUCACGACCCGCACCUCAAUUUACACCGCCCUAUUCUUCCUCGUCUUUGGCCAUCUUUUAGCCAAUUAUCUUGCGGUGCGCAGUGUCGUACUCCGAUCGUUUAAUAGGCAACGGUCUAGCAUCCUUUGGAGUACAUUCCGUAACCCGAAAGUAGGAGCAAAUGGACGUUCUGUUGUCUUGACCCCAAAAGAUGUAUCAGACCGAGAGAUAAUUUUAGACAUUCCCAGCCGCAUCCGCGAUGCGGUCGCCAACAAAGUCAUCGGACACUGCUUGUUGAGCGUAUCUGUGCAGUACGCUAUGACACGCUGUAACACAUCGCACGUUCUCAAGAUGCUCCAGUACUUCCAGGAAGAACCGUACGUUCUCUUCGUGGCGGAGCCUCGAUCAUGGAGGCAACGCGAACCAUGCAUCUUGGUGUCUUUCAAAGAAGGAUACGGAUCCCUGGACCAAUUACGCGCUUGGCUGCAUGCGCUGGAGAUAGCUGCGAUGUGGAGUGCCCGGCAUAUGCGUACCCAUGAAAUCGAGGACAUGGUGCUCUCGACGCAUGAGACGCUCAGGAAGCAGUUCUCUCGUUUUAUGGGAUGCAUGAAGGAAGCAGGGUGGAAUAUUGAAGAAGGUGCGAUGAUGAUGGGGUCUCCGAGUAGUGUGAUCAUGUCCCCUGAGACGAUGAAGGAUGCAUGAUUUCUUUGUAGAGGCACGCAGCAGCACUUGGUUUGCCUGGUGUGUACGAUUGCACAUGAAUAUAGAUCGCUUGAUCCGUUCGGCUAUGAUACUCGCACACGGAGACGAUAUAUAUACAAGCCGUCACCUCCGAUUGUCGCAUAUGAUUUUGAGUGAAACUGCAGUUGCUCAAGAAACUCAAGGAAGUUGUUGCACAUGCUAGCGAUG